GCUGGCGGGGGCGAAAGAUGGCGACGCCCCUCGGGUGGUCGCAGGGGGGGUCGGGAUCUGUGUGUCUCGCCUUCGAUCAACUGCGGGACGUGAUUGAAUCUCAGGAGGAACUGAUCCACCAGCUGAGGAAUGUGAUGGUUCUCCAGGAUGAAAAUUUUGUCAGUAAAGAAGAGUUCCAGGCAGUGGAGAAGAAGCUGGUGGAAGAGAAAGCUGCCCAUGCUAAGACCAAGGUCCUCCUGGCCAAGGAAGAGGAGAAACUGCAGUUUGCUCUCGGAGAGGUAGAGGUGCUGUCGAAACAGCUGGAGAAAGAGAAGCUGGCCUUUGAAAAAGCGCUCUCCAGUGUCAAGAGCAGAGUCCUGCAGGAGUCUAGCAAGAAGGACCAGCUCAUCACCAAGUGCAAUGAAAUUGAGUCUCACAUUAUAAAGCAAGAAGAUAUACUUAAUGGCAAAGAGAAUGAGAUUAAGGAGUUGCAGCAAGUUAUCAACCAGCAAAAACAGAUCUUCAGGAAUCACAUGUCUGACUUCCGGAUCCAGAAGCAGCAGGAGAACUACAUGGCCCAAGUGCUGGACCAGAAGCAUAAGAAAAACUCGGGAAUGCAUCAGGCCCACAGCCACCAGCGUCUCAGGGAAAAAUAAAAUGAUCGCCGCCUUCCUGUUC